CUAUAAAAUAUUUUUGUGAUGCAAAACGAUAUCGUAUAAAUACUUGGAUGUAUAAAAAUGAAACUAAAUGAUAAUAUUUAAUGUACCUAAGUAAUGUAAUAAUAAAUGGAAUUGUGAUGGUGAAUGCCGACUCGAUAUUAAAAUAUAGAUUUCUAUUGUCGCAGAAAAUAAUAUAAAUGAUCAUUUAAGGUGAAUAACACAUUCAACAUAUCGAUAAGACGGUUUUUUAAUAUCUAUAAAAUAUAAUGUUUUCUUAAUGUUAAUUGUUUGUGAAUCGUUAUUUGUUUGAUAUAUUUUUCUAAUCUAAUUUCGUCUGGUGUUUCAGAAUGGGGUGGGAUAUUGGCGUGUGGGUGAUACGAUCCACGACCGAGGUGCAUCUGGGUUCAACUGCAGACAUGAGGACGCCAUGUUAAGGUUAACAUGGUAGGUGGUCACCAGCCGCAGUCGACGGGAGGCGCCAACUGCACGGGCACUAUGAUGAACAUACUGAACAUAGACGCCGAGAACCGGGUGGUGCUGAACGUCGGCGGCAUCAGGCACGAAACCUACAAGGCCACCCUGAAGAAAAUACCUGCCACAAGAUUGAGCCGGCUGACCGAGGCGUUGGCCAACUAUGACCCGGUGCUAAAUGAAUACUUCUUCGACAGACAUCCCGGCGUGUUUGCUCAGGUCCUCAACUAUUACAGGUGAGUGGUAUAUACUUUAUAUUACUAUAAUAAUGACCACGAUACCUCAACUAUAUUCCACGGAAAAUCGUAAAGUAAAACGUUCGUACUUUUUAUUUGGUAUAUUAUUAUAAUAUA